AUGUCAUAUUACCAAAACAGCUUUAAUUUAACAAAGAGUUUCAAAAAUAAUAAUAAUCAAAAUGUUUGUAAAUACUUUUUCAACCAUUUUGAAAACUCUUCACCAAAUAAUUUUAAUCAAUUUGAGAAGUUACCAUCACAAUCAACAUAUUUACCACAAUCGCCACAAUUACAACAACUACAAUCGCCACAAUCAAAUUUUAUUGAUGAGUUCCAAUCUUUGCAAAUGACAUUUCUGAUGCCACCACCUAAAGUUGGCCCAUUAGUCAAUGAGGGAUUCAAAUCCAUGAUAAGUGACUUUAAACUUUCAGGAACUAAAAGAAAAAAGGGAUCAAAGCAAACCAAAAUAAAUUCCCAACCAAAAGCAAAAUUAACUGAAUCAAAAAGAAAAGUUGGUAGACCAAAGGCCAUCAGACCAGCAGACCAGCUUUGUAAUUUUUGCCAUAAAGUUGUUGCUGGGGUAUGGAGAAAAGCAAGAUAUCCUAAUUCUGAUGGAGUCUACCCACAGGUUUGCAACGCAUGUGGCCUCCGCGAUAUAAAAGAUUCCCGAGUAGUUAAUAGACUAAUUAGAAAAUUCCAAAAAAAUCCACCACCCAAACGUACUCUCAAGCAUAAAAAAUCCACCACCCAAAAGUACUCUCAAGCAUAA